AUGGAAAAUGUAUCAGCAGUGACAUCCUUCAUAUUGACGGCAUACACUGAACUGGAAGAUUAUAGAUAUUUAUACUUCUUAUGUUUCCUUCUUGUAUACAUUCUGACAUUAUUGGCCAAUUCAGUUCUUAUUGUAGCAAUAUAUACUGAGAAAGCUCUGCAUGAACCCAUGUAUUUGUUUAUAUGUAACCUAUCAGUGAAUGGAGUGUAUGGAAGUACAGCUUUAUUACCAUCUAUGCUUAGCCAUUUGCUAUCUCAUAAUUAUGAAAUAUCUCUGGUCUUUUGUCUGUUACAGAUAUAUUGCUUACUUUCAUAUGCUGUAGUUGAAUUUACCAUUUUAGCAGUGAUGAGCUAUGACCGGUAUGUUGCUAUCUGUCGACCACUACACUAUCACCUCCUCAUGUCCCCUAGAAAUGUUUAUGCAGCAAUUGCCUUGUCCUGGGCCCUUCCCUGCCCUCACAUUGUGAUGAUACUGUUUUCCUACGCACAGAUACUCAGAAUCUGCCUGUUCGCUUCUAAGGAUGCACAAAUCAAAGCUCUUCAAACGUGUGUCCCUCACUUACUGACUGUAAUUAUUUUUUCUGUGGGAAGCUUAUUCGAGAUGAUCCAAAGUCGUUUCAACAUGAAUCAUGUAUCUCAUAAUACUCGUAUAUUCCUGUCCAUUUACAUUGCUUUAUUUCCUCCACUAUUUAAUCCUGUUAUUUAUGGAAUUCGCAUUCAAGACAUUAAAGUUCAGAUAAUCAAAUUGUUUAGUGGCGAUCUCUCGGGUACCAGAACAUCGCUAGCGAACGGAGUGGCUAAGAUGGAGCCUGACAAAUUCACCUGCUUGCCCCAUUUUCGUGCUUGCGCUCGGGAGGACGUAUCUGACAAGGGCAAGAUCCCCGCCAGUAAGAAGGACUGGGAUGCCCCAGUUUGCAGGCAGGCGAAAAAAAUUUUCAACCUCGCCCCAACCAUCGACUCAGACGACGCCGAGACCGGCAGAGUUACCAGGCUGCAGCGGAGUAAUCGGCAACAGCCUCUCCUCCUUCUCCUCCGAUCCGCAGCACCCUGCUCCAACUCAGGUUGGACGGCAGGCAGGACAAAGAUACCCAGCUCUACUAACUUAUCCACUACCACAGACUGA